UUGAGAGAUAUGUAUUACUUACAUAUGUAUCUCACGUAUCGCUACGUAUAUGUAUGAUUUAUCAAAAUUUCGUGCGCCGCCAUAACGUCGUAUUCCGUAUUAAAUCUUUAUCUUGAUAGGUUCGUAUUUGUGUCAUAAUUGAAUUUUUAUUUUCAUUGAUAAUAUAUGGAACGACGUAAUACGUAAGAAACAUGUGUUCAACCUCAUUUGAUAAUACGGAAAUAAAUGAACGCGUUCGAUCGAAUACGUUUUACGAGUAAUCGUAAUGUUUGUUUGUUGUUUUCAAUAUGAAAAAACAUAAACUUCCGAAAAAUUGGGUUGUUGUCAGUUCUAAGAGUCAUCCAGAUAGAGUUUAUUAUUUCAAUAUUAGAACCAGUGAAUCCUCUUGGAAGGAACCUACAAUGGAUGGAACGAAACAGGUUUUUAUUAAUGAUGUACAAAAACAAAAAAAAAGAAAAACAAGUGAGUUCUUCGAAGUGAGUUCUAAUGAAUCAAGGGCAACUUCCGAUAUUGAAGAAGAUUAUAACAAAGAAGGUGUUGUACGAAGAAAAUUAGUAGCCAAACGACAUUCUAAAUCUGCACAAGAAUUUGAUACGUUACAAAUGGCAGAAAUUAAAAAGAAAAUGCAACAAAAGAAGAUCAAGAGUCCUUCGAAAAGUAAUUCGUCCACGAAUUCGUGCAAACAAAUUGAUUCUUCUAUGGAAUUGUACAAAAGUGAAGAGGAUUCAAAAUUACAGAUAAUGACGCCACAGAUGAAAGUUAUUUAUGAAAAGAUACAGAAAAAAAAUAUGAACCGGAAGCAGCCGCAAUUGUUUCAAAAUGUUAAAGGCACUGAAGUAGUCGAAAGUGUUAAACAUAGAGUAAAAGUAGAUAAGAGAAGAAAAAAUAAACGAGAGGGCGUGGUAAAAUCCUCAAGCUCGAAUCAAGGCACAUCUACUUGUUCCAGUAGUCAUGAAAAUAAUUCUACGAAAAGUAAUAUUAGGAAUCCUUCGAUCCCAGAUAUCAUCAAAACUAAAUCGGAGAGGUCAAUUGUGACAAAAAAUAUAUUGCUAAAGAAAAAUAAUUUUCAGUACAAAUCUAAGGAAAGAGUAAUAGAAAAUACAGAAUAUAGUAAUAAUGUAAAUAAGAAAGGUGGAAGCAUUAUUUUAAAAAAAAAUUUGGCUAAAGAGCGCAUGGAAAAAUUAAGAAAAACAUUGAAUCUACAAAUGAAAGAUCAAAAUAGUAAUGAUAAGUUAUCACAAAGCAGUGAUGGUUCACUGCUCACGAUUAUAAAAGAUAACGAAAUUCCGGAUAUUUAUAAAACUAGUGAUAUAAGGUAUAAAAAUUUACGUAACAGGCUUUCACGUAACAAAGUAAUCUCGCAUGAAGAUCAAUUGCUAGCGUCAGUAAAAUCUAAUAUGCAAAAUCAAUCUUUAAAUAUGUCAGGAGAAAAUCUUGUAACUAUGUCUAAUGAUUCAUCUCUUUAUGAAGAAAUGGAUUGGGAGCCAAUGGAAGAUGAAAAGAUAACGUUCGAGGUACAAGCCGCUAGGAUAAAAUUAUGCGUUGAAAAUGCUAGGAAUGAAACAUUACCAAUGGAAGGAAAUAUUUUACAAUUUCCAUCAUUACCCAUUCAAGAAGAAAAGAAAACUUUAUACAUUGUUGUAGAUACAAACGUGUUCUUAUCGAAUUUAGAUGCAAUCGUAAAAGCUAUGACUACAAAAUUUGCAAAAUAUGACAAGCCAAUUCUUGUAAUUCCAUGGACCGUUAUACGAGAAUUGGAUUAUUUAAAAGACGAUAAAUUUGGAACAAAGUCAGUACAUUUACGUAUGAAAGCCAGAAAAGCUAUAAAUUUUCUCAAUAGUCAUUUAUCCAUUAAUGAUCCACGUAUAGUCGGUCAAACUUUAGAGGACGUAAGAAACAACAAAGAAAGAUUUGCCAUUGAAUGUCCGGACGACGAGAUUCUACAAACUUGUUUACAAAUUCGAAACGCAGGAAGAACUGUAGCUUUAUUAUCAUAUGAUAAAAACCUUUGCAACAAAGCAAUGAUAUACGACAUAGUAGCACUUGGAAGAGACGAUCCUCUUGAAAAAAUAGAUUCGAUUAACAAUAAGAACUUAUCUUUUCACGAUAUUUACUGUCAAAAGAUGCAAGGUGAAAGCUCACAAAGUUUUUCAGCUUUUCAAGAGGAAUUACGUUAUUCGAACGAAUUAUUUGAAGAGGUGGAAUCUAUAAUAAAAGAAUUUCUUUCAGUCAUAGUAAGUAAAGAAAUGAAAAAUUUAUUUGGUGAAAAUUGGGAAACAUAUACUAUCGUAAAGCCACCUUGGACAGUCUUGUGCGUUUUAAAAUGUGCUAUAAAACAUUGGAUAGCUGCUAUAAGCGAAGCGUUUGACAAGCAAGCAGAACAUCUUCUCAAAGAACUUUUGGAAAUAUUUAGAACGAUGCCAAGUGGACGUAAAUUGAAGGACGUUGCACAUUUACUAGAGAAGUAUAAUGACCUGAUUCAAAUGGUCAAUGUUGAUAAAUAUUUUGACCUUAUGAAACGAGCAUCAAGUUCCAUUGAAGAUAUUAAAAAGAGAUGUCAAAAUUAUGAGAACGAGGUACGUGAGAAAAAUAUACAACAAGAAAUUGGAACGGAAAAUGAUGAAGUUGAACAAAAACGUAGAGCAGAAAAUGCUUUUAAUUAUUUCAAUUAUAUCUAUUCAUAUGCACGUGAUAUCGGUGGAAUGGCUGCAAGUAUCGUGAAUAUGCCAUGUACUUUUUGUUACGAAAUGCCAAAUCCAGAACCCUCGGUUGAAUAUGUGAAAAAAAUACAACCAGAAAUUGCACAAAACGUAAAUCAUUUGUUACGUAUUUUAAGCAAAGCUUUAGAAGAAAUAAAAGAUACUUCGAUGAAUCAUGAGACAUUGAUUGAUCUUUAUCACAUAUUAACAAAUUUCUUACCUGAAGAAACAACAAUGAUCACUACGGAUUUGUCUCCACUCGAUGUGUAUUGUUGCUUAAAAGAAAAGGAAGACGUUCUGAAAAUGGGAAUAAGACAGCUUCAUGAACUCUGCACACAUUUUUGCAGAUUGGUGGUUGUAACCAAUUGUCUUUAGCGUAAGCCACUUGUUUAGUUUCAAUAACGUGAAAAGUAUAAGCGUGUCUUGAUUUUUCGCUUUUGUUGGGAUAAGAAAAGUGUACUACUUGUCCAUGAAUAAGAAUGCAACUACCCUUGCUUACUGGAACAGGACGGAAAUUGCUGAGUGGAUAACACGGUGCUGCUUUGUCAUAUAUUAAUAGUUGUUGAGAAUUUGGAUCCUUAUUUCUAACAUAACGUCUAUGAACUCCACUUUUAUGAGAACCUGGAGCAAUCCAAAGACAACCGUUUUCCUGUGUGGCAUCUUCUAAAGCUAUCCAAAAACCUACCAAUUUAACUGGAUCUGUGUAUAAGUACGUUGCAUCCUGAUGCAUAAUUACUGCAAUCAUUUGUAUAUGAUAUAAUAGUUGUAUACAUACAUAUGCAUACACACACACACACACACACACAAACACAUACACAUAUAUAUAUAUUAUGUCAACCCAUAUAUAUCAAAUAUAAUGUAAAUAUAUAUUUUUUUUUUUCAUAUUAUAUGUGUGAUAUAUUUGUAAUUAAUAUAUUGUAAUAUAUAUAUAAUAUAUAAAUGUGAUAUAUAUAUAUA